CAUUUCUAGGUACUAGAAUCCGCCACGCUUCCACCCAGCACAACCUUCAACAACCAAUCAUCACAGCGACCAACCCGCCCCCCACGGCCUCUUUCCACCAAUUCAUUAGUAUUUCCAUAUACCGGACUACUAAUUUACUACUACUUUUCUUGGUGCGAUUCCUAAAAGAAACCUUUGCUAAUUCACUGCUAGCGGUGCUGGAUAAUUCAGUCCAUAAGUGAAGACAUCCAAAUACACUGGAGCAUUUUCCUGUCCUGCUGAUCAUUCUCCAGCUUUGACACUGUUGCCGAACCAAACAAUAAAAAGUCAUAAACCCAGAAGACAUAGCAUAAGAUAGAGAGAGAGAGAGACUGUUUUGGGUAAUAGUCCCAACAUCCAGAGUUGGCAUGGUAACAAGGACCCUAUUGGGGAUACUAUGGAGACUCGACAGCAUCUGAUAUUUGUCAAAAACUUCCAGGGGUACCGUUGAGUUACAAAUGUAUUUUCUAUCUGAGGGGACUGCCAUUAACGACAUGGGCCACUGGUUUAGCAGAUUGGAACUUGAAUCGGAACUUCUAGAGGGUUUUAGUUCCAGCUAUGAGGUUGUUGGUAGUCCAGCAUAUAAAAGGCCAUUGAGUUCUUUGGACCAUGAAAUUGCUCAGCUCACUAAGCUUAGGUCAGGGCCCCAUGAGAAUUUAAGCCGAGUACUGCCUGGGAAACGGGAAUCUUCUGUUUCAACUCUGAAGAUGUUAGCUGGUCGAGAGGCAAAUUUUUCAGGUAGAGGGAGAUUUUCAACAGCUGAUCGCUGUCAUGUUCUCAGUAAAUACUUGCCAGUCAAUGGUCCUUGGGUUGUGGACCAGAUGAACACCAGGGCUUAUGUGUCGCAAUUUUCAGCUGAUGGCUCCCUUUUUGUUGCUGCAUUUCAGGGAAGUCACAUUCGAAUAUACAAUGUGGAAAGAGGGUGGAAAGUUCAAAAGAACAUUCUUGCCAGAAGCUUGAGAUGGACAGUUACUGAUACAUCUCUUUCACCAGAUCAAAGGAAUCUUGCUUAUGCUACCAUGUCACCUAUAGUUCACAUUGUUAAUGUUGGCUCUACUACAACAGAAUCUCUGGCAAAUGUGACGGAGAUCCAUGAUGGUUUGGAUUUUUCUGAUGAAGAUAAUGGGGGAUACUCUUUUGGAAUAUUUUCUGUGAAAUUUUCAACAGAUGGACGAGAAGUCGUAGCUGGAAGCAGUGAUAAUGCAAUAUAUGUAUAUGAUCUUGAAGCGAACAAACUAACUCUUCGAAUAUCGGCGCACACGUCUGACGUUAAUACAGUAUGUUUUGCUGAUGAAAGUGGCCAUCUUAUUUUCUCUGGAAGUGAUGACAACCUCUGCAAGGUUUGGGACAGACGAUGCUUCAGGGCGAAAGGAAAGCCAGCAGGUGUCCUGAUUGGACACCUAGAAGGCAUCACGUUUCUUGACAGUCGUGGAGAUGGUCGGUAUUUCAUUUCAAAUGGUAAAGACCAGACAAUUAAACUUUGGGAUAUACGGAAAAUGUCCCCUAAUAGCCCUCGGGAUCAUGGCUUUAGGAAUUCUCAGUGGGACUACAGAUGGAUGGACUACCCCCCACAGGCUAGAGAGCUGAAGCAUCCAGGUGAUCAAUCAGUGGCUACAUACAGAGGUCAUUCAGUCCUACGUACUCUCAUUCGCUGCUACUUCUCCCCAGAUCAUAGCACCGGGCAGAAAUAUAUUUACACUGGAUCCUACGAUUCCUGCGUAUAUGUAUACGAUUUGGUUACCGGAGCUCAAGUUGCAAAACUGCAGUACCAUAAAUCAGCUAUAAGGGAUUGUAGCUGGCAUCCUAAUUACCCCAUGCUUGUCAGCUCUUCUUGGGAUGGGGACGUUGCGAAAUGGGAAUUCCCUGGGAAUGGAGAGGGGCCGGUGUCUAACAGGCCGCAGCUGGGAAGAGGACAUGUCCACUGAAGGCUCUCCCGACUUGCCGAGUGGGGAACGGAUUUCAGCAAGUAACAAUCAAUGUUGUAAGUGGUUUUCUUGAAUGCAAGUAAAUACCAGGUCAGUGUUUGAACCUAAAUAUUUUGAAAAAGUUUGUCUAGGGGUUUCAUAAGAUUCCACAGAUGAGAUGUCUUGUAGGUAUCCCGCGUGGCUGCCCGUAAUUAUAGUUGAUUUUGUUCAAUAGUCUUUUCGUUUUCUCCGUGGAACAUCCCUCCUGGAGUUCCUCGACCUAUUGGCAUUUUAAUGGGCUGUUCAACCUCCGGGAGUUUCAACUGGUAUGGAAUGGAAAUGUCAUCCUAUUUAAAUAAAGUUUAAUUUGUAUAAAAUACAAAAUUCUAGUUUCAAACACACCCAAACGAGAAUUAGAGGUUUCGCUCAA